GGCCCGUGUUGCGAAGCCUUUGGGACCUCCGCCCUGCCUUCGAUGCAACCGAGGCGAGCCCGAGAUCAAAACCACCCAUAAAACCUCCCAAAUAUUCCUACUUUCUUUCGACCAUUCCGUCUCCCAAUCCCUCGACGCCAGGAAUCCAUGGCAAGCCUCGCCAGCAUCCAUCUCGGCACCCCCUUCCUUCCCUCCCCAGCCUCCCUCCGUGGCCGCUCCGCCGCCGGUGGCGGAGGCGGCAGAGGAGCAGCCCCAAGGCGGGCCCCGAGGAUCCAGGCCAAGAUCCGCGAGAUCUUCAUGCCGGCGCUGAGCUCGACGAUGACCGAGGGAAAGAUCGUGUCUUGGGCGAAGGCCGAGGGCGACAAGCUCGCCAAGGGAGAGAGCGUCGUCGUCGUCGAGUCCGACAAGGCCGACAUGGACGUCGAAACCUUCUAUGAUGGAUAUCUCGCCGCCAUCAUGGUCGAGGAGGGCGCCGUCGCCGCCGUCGGCUCCGCCAUCGCUCUCCUCGCCGAGACCGAGGACGAGAUCCCCCUCGCCAGAUCCCAAGCCGCCUCCUCCUCCGCUACAGCGGCCUCCGACGGCUCCACCGCCGCUCCUCCGGCUGCCGAAACCCCAUCUCCUCCUCUGGAGACCGCCCCAGAAGCCUUAUCCUCUUCUCCUCCUCCAAAUUUCUCUCCUGAGGCUGCUUCUUCGGCCCAUCCGGCCUCUGAGGGCGGGCGAAGGACCAUCGCCACGCCCUACGCCAAGAAGCUUGCCAAGGAUCUGAAGGUGGAGCUGGGAUUGGUUGCUGGAAGCGGGCCUAUGGGAAGAAUUGUGGCCAAGGAUGUGGAAGCUGCCGCAGCGGUGGCGGCCGCAGCUCCAGUAUCAACCGCUCCACCCAAAUCCGUCUCAACUUCUUCUACAGUGAAGGCUCCGGCUUCUCCAGCCAUUCAAUUGGGUACUGUUGUUCCAUUCACCACAAUGCAGGGUGCUGUGAGCAAGAACAUGGUGGAGAGCCUCUCAGUGCCGACAUUCCGGGUUGGUUAUACCAUCACCACCAAUGCACUUGAUGACCUCUACAAGAAAAUAAAGUCGAAAGGGGUGACGAUGUCUGUGUUGUUGGCAAAGGCAACUGCUAUGGCAUUGAUGAAGCACCCGGUUGUUAAUUCAAGUUGUAGAGAUGGUAAUAGCUUUACGUACAACAGCAGCAUCAACAUUGCCGUUGCUGUGGCUAUAGAUGGAGGGUUGAUCACUCCAGUUCUGCAGGAUGCUGACAAGGUUGACAUUUAUUCAUUGUCAAGGAAAUGGAAGGAGUUGGUAGAUAAGGCCCGAGCUAAGCAGCUGCAACCUCAUGAGUACAACACAGGUACAUUUACUCUAUCAAACCUUGGAAUGUUUGGUGUUGACCGUUUUGAUGCAAUUUUGCCUCCUGGAACUGGAGCAAUCAUGGCUGUUGGUGCAUCCCAGCCAACUGUUGUUGCUACCAAGGAUGGGAGAAUUGGUUUGAAGAGCCAGAUGCAGGUGAAUGUUACUGCAGAUCACCAGGUUAUUUAUGGAGCGGAUCUUGCUGCCUUUCUGCAAACCUUGGCCAAAAUUAUUGAGGAUCCCAAAGAACUCACACUGUAAUUGCUGCUUUAAGUACUAGUUAUUACUUGAUAAUCAGAUUUCUUCUGUCAAAUGAAUUCAGUAAACUAUGCUCAUAGAACCAGUUUUUUUAGUAGAUUUUCAGAAUUGGUGCUUCUUGUAUUAUGAGCUAGCUAGUAUGUUCGACCCGGCUCACAGCACCUUUAGGUUUCAGGGAAACUGGUGUCUUCUAUUUGUUUGCCGACAGAAUUAUUCUCUUCAAUUUAUCUGUCAUCUUAAUAUUUCAAAUAAAGUUUUGGCUUUUUGAGUCAGAUUUUUGAAGCUGACUGCUAUUCCAAUAAAAGCUGAGAAUGUUGAUC